GUCCUGUUUACCAGGAGAACGGAGCGAUUGCUCACAUAUACCAACAAGCGAUGCACAACACUAUGGCGAGAAACGCCAGCAGUCGAGAAAUCACACCCUUACAAGGAGAGUUACUGCGAGCUCUGAUCAGCAGUGGCAUUUCCAAAGACGCCCUUCUUGGCGCUUGCGAUGAGUUGUACGCAAAAUUGGCGCAGAGCGCUCAACGCGCAGAUGGUACAGCUGCAGAGCAACAACCCAAGCACAACUCCAGCGAUCAUUUGCAAGGUAUUCAGGUCAAAAGCGAGGCAGUCAAACUCGAUGAAGCUCCUCAGAGAAGGUUGAUAAGAGACGUGAGCUUAGAGGCACAACAGGUCAGCUUUGUUGAUCAAAUGCUCGGAAUGGACCCAUGGCAAGCAGCAAAGGUGAUUAAAAUGUAUAUGCAGCAACACAACAUUCCACAGCGGGAAGUGGUGGAAUCCACUGGUUUGAAUCAGAGUCACUUAUCACAGCAUCUUAAUAAGGGUACUCCUAUGAAGACAAGCAAAAGAGCAGCGCUCUAUACUUGGUUUGAGAACAAGAGGAAAGAAAUCAUUGAGCAAUACAACACUCCUGGUAAGAGACAAGUUUCAGAAAGUGAAGAAGUGGAAGGAAGUCCAACAAAGAAACCAAGAAGAAACAGAUUUAAAUGGGGACCAGCUUCCACAAGUAUCCUGUAUCAGUCAUAUGAAGAACAGAAAAAUCCUUCUAAGGAAGAACGGGAAGCAUUGGUGGAAGCUUGUAACAGGGCGGAGUGCAGUCAGAGAGGUGUACCAUACGAUAAUGUGGAGGGACUAGGUCCAAAUCUUGUAACUGAGAGCCGUGUUUAUAACUGGUUUGCCAACAGACGCAAAGAGGAAACAUUCAGACUUAAACUGGCAAUUGAUGCCUCAAGCUUCCCAGAGGCUCCUGUUACAACACCAGGUCAACUGGCAUCCCCAACUCCAAACACAGCAAUGUCACCAGUGAUCCCACACCCCAUCAUAACUACUUCAGUACCUACUGGUUCCAAGGCAACAUCACCUCAUUCAGGGCUCCCAAAUCCUUCUGGACUGACUAAUCCAGCAGUAACAACUCAACAUGUGCAGCACAUACCUCUGCCUUCUGGUCAAAUUAGUCAGGUGCAGCAAAUGGUUCCAGGGCAACAAGGUGGGGUUUCACUAGGUCAACAACAGGGAAUAGCUUUAAUGGGGAACUUUGUUCCAGGUGUUUCUCCACAGGGAAUGCCUAUCAAUCUAGCCAUGAUGCCACCACCACCAGCUGGACACACUCCUACCUGUCAAGUAGCAGCACAGCCUCAAAUGAUGCCUAUUAGUAGCAUCGCACAUCAGCAACAUCCAAUGCAGGUAUCAGGCAUGAGCCAGAUGCCUGUCAUUGUAUCUAUGCCACCAGGAAUGGAUGGAUUGCAGCCUGGAAUGCCACAUCUACCAGAAAAUAUUGCACAAAUGGCUGCAGGUGCCCCCAUGAUGCAAAUGCAUCCCAUUCCCAUGACAACACUACCAAUGCCACCACCCUUGCAGCCAAUCACAUGUGGAGAUAUGUCACUACCUCCUCCUCUACAGCCUUUGUCUGUAAUGUCACCUGCAGUGCCUAUACCUAGUCAGGCUCCAGUUCCAGUCAGUAUUCCACCAUCUAUUAACACAAGCUUGAAUACCAAUGAGAGAACACCACAGAGUGACCCUACAUCUCCUAUAUAUGAAGUGAAACUUGAAACUGCAGCGAAAGAUGCGAUCAUGGAAAAAAUUGAUACAACAAACACUACUCCAGAGAAGGGCUGUAAGGCAGAAUUGAAAUGCGACAGAGUCAAAGUUGAAAAUGGUGAUGAUGACACAAUCAUAGCUGAAAAUGUAACAAUUAUGACAGAAACUGAGGAGCAAAGCAAUGAAAGUUCAAAGUCACCAAUAAAAGAUACAAGGAAAAAUGGAAAAUGUUCUGGCCUUGGAGAGGAAAGUAGUCAGUCGUCAUCAAAGGGCAAGGCUAUACGACAUAGCACUGACCAUUUCAAUGGGGACAGCUUGUGAUACACAUUGGUGUUUGGUAAUCAGGCUAGCGGGGAAUUAGGGAUAAUAAUGAGAAAUUAAAACAGCUCUACAAACAAGGAUUUCAUUUUGAUCAUUCUUAAAAAAAAGCAAAUGGUUUGGAUGACUUGAUGCAAGAGCUAUUUUUACUACUGGUUUCUUCUGUUAUGGGAAAAGUUUGCAGUCAUUUUGCUAGCAGCUGAUGGUAAAGUCGUUGGUCUGAAACCCAAGAAGAUUAUGAGAUAAAGGGGGUUCUUCACCUAGAGAUCUUAAGUCAAUUUUCUAAGUUCCCAGUUCAUGAUGAGGCUUAAAAUUAAAACUUUUGAUAACCUGAUGGUUCUAUUCUUAAACAAUAUUGGUCAUGCUCUCUAGCUACGGUUCAUUCUGUUGCUGGAAUCUAUCUUGUUUGAUCCAAUUAUUUGAUUGUUGCGAUUAAGAGUGAUAUUUUAUUUUCCAGCUGUAUGAAAGCUCAUUUUUCAAAUGCAUCUCAUAGUUCAAUUUCCAAAAUUUUUUCAGAUUAUUGCUUUAUUUUCUCAACAUAGAUACAAUUGCAAAUCAUUACAAAGGCUGUGGCUGGCACACAGUAGUUUCCUUUGUUUAUGGCACUGAUUUUAACAGAUAUUGUAAUCAUGUAUUAUAUUGUUGUUAUAGUUAUGUAAUCAAUCUAUUUUUCAAAUGACUUUAUUCAUACUUCAUUCAUAUAUCUCAUGAAGUGGACCUGAAUCAUUUAUUUGAUCAAUCAUAACCAUUUCAAUUUCCUCAAAAGCAAUUGGGGCAUCAGCUGCUUUAUUUUUCACUAAUUAGUUAUAGAGUUGUAAUGCAUCAGUGUAAUCAGACAGUUGGCUUCAAUUGGACACUGAUAAUCAGAAUGUUAAAGCAGCCAAUCAUACUAGGUUCACCCAAUUAAACUCACCAAUCACAGAGUUAUUUACAAUAACCACAGCAACAACCACUUACCCUACAAAACUAGGGACUUUCCAAAGUGGAGAAACUUUUUACUUUAGACCAUGUCUUUACUGGAGAUAUUUUCUCAAAUAAAUAUUUUUUUGUUUCAGAAAUUGUAAUAGUUAUGAUUAAUUGGUAAAAGGACUGUGUCGUCCAAUGUGGUCUGUAUCAUACUUUUAAUGGACAAAUGGGAGUCCCUCUUCACAGUUGCUUGAUUUUGCAAUCACUCAUUUGACUACAGACCAAAUUGGACUCCACAUGGUCCUAUUACCAAUAUUGAUCAGGCAGGGUAGUCUGAUUUUUAUGGUAGAAAUUCAGAAAUUUUGUUGACAAAUCAUUAGAGUAGUGUGCAAACUCUUAGUUUUAAGAUUAUGUUGUGACUGGCACACAGGUGUCUGAUAAUUUGUUGUUUUUUCUAUUUAUGAAAUGCCGAUGUACUUUAUUGUGGUCAUAAGUAUCUGCAAAAUGUCUUUUCAAGUAAUUUAUUCAAUCAUACUUUAAAUGGCAUGGAAAUUUAGCAAUUUAGUUACAUGAAGAUAAGGUAACUUGAUUUAAUUAUGGAAGUACUAAACAGUUGACCACACUAGUCAUUUAAAUACAUGCAUCAUAUAAAUUUUGAUUAAAUUUAAUUUGAUAAUUAAUUGGGUAUGAAUUAUUUGGAAUCACAAAUUUAAUUAAUUAAAAGAAAAAAGAAAUAUUUUUGUUAGGGCAGUAUUGAUUAACUGCAAUGGAAUAGCCAAUGGUUUUGAAAAUAUUAAAAGAUUAGCAAAUUAUAUUUUAAAAAAUUGGUUUUGGUUUCAAUUUUCAGUGUACAUAUGAUUAGAGAUUUUUAAAUUAUAUUUCUUUAUUUAAUUGUUGUAUAUUAAUGUUUGGAGACAUGAUGCAGAUCUUGCAUCGGAUCUUGCAAAAUCCCUUUGCUUUGAAAAAGAGCCAUGAAUACUGGGGACCAAUGUUAGUAUCUGUGCACCUACUCCUCUCCUCCAUGAACUUGUUAUCAGUUGAUUGUUGUUGAGUAAGGGGGAGGUGAGAGGAGGGUAUACAGCUUCUCAGAUACUGACAUUAAUCAAAUACUGGACUCUGACUUUCAAGAAUGAUUUUAUUGCAUUGCCUAUGGUAAGAAAGAUUUGCGUGAAUUUAUAUUAAAUAGACAAUGAUUCUUAAUUAAGAGAAAUUUUCAAUGAAAUAAUG